AUGUCCACAUUUUGUCCUCAUUUUUUUUUGUCCCGCAGUUAAAUUGACAUCUUUGUGUCACUCUUGUUAUCUUUAGGUUUGAUUCUAAGCCCGUGCACUGAUGUCAAGGUUCGAAGAUUCUCAAACUAUGUUUUACUGGUCCAACAAGGCAUAAAUAGUUUAACUGACUUUGAAAUUAUUAGGAAGGUGAAGCCGAUAUAGACUAGUUAAAAGUGGGCUAAAAGUGACUUGGUCUCCCUAGUGUGACGUACAUAGCAUGAAAAAUUCGGACCACAAAAAAAGACACAAUUUUUCAGCUUCAACAGUCAGAUAAGUAGGCUUCAUGGAACAAAUGUGUUAACUCGCUGGGAAAGUGAACUUUUGUCUUUCUUAUAAAGUGUUAUUUUUGUAAAAUAUUUUACAUGUUCCUUCAGAGUUGAAGAUAAUCUACUUCCUAGUCCUAAACUCCCCGCAGGACGACGGGCGAUGGCAGCGGGCAAGUUAUGAACCCAGGAUUAUCGAGACGCCCGAACGACAGUCAAGCCCCCAUUCCGCACGGCCAGACAACCAUCCCCCUUUCCUAUACAGAUCUACUUGUGGAAUUUCAUGGUGAAAGUGAAUGACAGUAAUCUUCUCUUUGUUUACACAUUCAAUUAUAAGAGAUCCCGUCUAAGUUUUUGAUUCUAUACAAUGCAGUAAGAGAGAGAAAUGAAAAAAAAAAGCGAUACGAAGAAAUAUGAAGGCGACAUAAUGGAAGCUAAAAAGAAACAAAAGAAAUAAGGAAGAUUGGGUGAGAUUUUCAAACAAAUAGAAAAAAAAAACCAGUGUCAAGAACGCCAUAUUAAAUAAUCCCCGUUGCCAAUUAUAAACAAUGUAUUUGCCCAACAAGCGAAGAGGUUUAGACAUUGGAUUCUACCGUGCUGGGAAGUGCAUAUGAAAGUAUUGCACUGUUUAAUAAUAUACUUUAUUUUAUCAAUACUUUAUCAAUACUUUAUCAAUACUUUAUCAAUACUUUAUCAAUACUUUAUCAAUACUUUAUCAAUACUUACUAAUUCUAUACACCGGAUACACCAAACAUCUUGAGGGUUGACAAAGAACAUUUCCAAUACAAAUGAGUUUCAAGCUUGCAGAAACAUUUGGUCUAUUUUAUUUAAUGGUUUUAGUCAAACAAUAGGAAAAAAAUAUACUUGAAGUAAGUGUUUUUUUUUAAAAAUGGAGUUAGUUAAUGUUUUUCCACAAAACGAAACACUAAAUAAGAUCGAUGAUUCGGCUGAUUUAGAGGAUGAAUAUACCAGGUCCAUUAACGCUGCUCGCUGGGCAAUUAACCAUGUCGUAACUCCAAUUCUCUGCAUCUUUGGUGUGGUGGGAAACAUCAUGAAUAUCAUAGUUCUCCGUCGCUGUGGUUACAAAGACACCAAUGUUCUUCUGCUCGUGUCGUUGUCCUUGGCAGACUUGCUGCUCUCCAUCAUCCACUCCUUCAUACACGUUCAUUUCAUUAUAGAGCGCUUCGACUUUGUGACCGCGGCUCUGGUUGGCACUUUCAGUUUCGUCUACCUGUUCGCAUCGUACCAGAUCACGCUGUGCGUGGUGCAGUGCCACCUGGUGAGCAUCGCCACGGAGCGCGUCAUCGCCGUCUACUACCCGUUCCACGUGGCCAGGAUCUUCUCGCGCUCUCGUGUCCUGGUGAUCAUCGUCUGCAUGUACGUCUUGUGCAUCGUCAUCAACCUCCCAGUGGCCUUAAUCUUCGACGUGGGGUCAAUGUACGUGCCGGGCCUCAACCAAACCAUUUACGUCAUUGCGCCGUCACAGAUAUUUUUGGACAACUAUGAAAGCAUGGAGAGAUAUAACAUCUUGGGCCUGGGCAUCUUCAACGCUGGGCUCCUGCCCAUCAGCAUCAUCAUAGGCUCCUCGUUGGUAGGACUCAAGCUGCUGCUCAGAAAGAGGCAGCCUCUAUCCAAAGUAAAAAAGAGUGAUUCAAAUGACCUGAAAGGUAUGAGGCUGCUCCUGGCAGUGUGUGUCGUGUCCAUUCUGUUCGCUAUAUCCAGCAUCGUCAUGAUCCACUACUAUAACGUGUACAGGGUACUGUACGGCCCAUUUCACGAGCUGUUGGUGGACAUCACGUCUUUGAUUUGUCAGUUCUUCUCUUCUACCAACUUUGUUAUUUAUGUUACCAUGAGUAACAAGUUCUACAGAACUUACAGAAAGUUGAUUUGCAGAUUUUAACCUUAGACUCUUUAUCAUUGUGUGUUAUGUUUUAUUUCAUAGAUUUUCAGUUGCUAUUGAAAUAUUUAUCAGAUUUUUAUUGCCCGUUCAUGAACGCCAAACACCCAAUC